UUCUCUCUUUCUCUUUUUAUCCAAUCCAUUAAAUCCAUUAUUGAAACCUUCCCCAGUAAUAAAAAAAAAUCUCUCCCUUUAUUUCACUUUCUACAAAUCAUAAUCUUUUUGAAUUAUCUGCUUGAUUCCAAUCUUGUGAACACCUAAACAUGACUAUUGCUUUGACGAUCGGAGGAAACGGAUUCUCGGGUCUACCAGGAUCGUCGUUUUCAUCAACUUCAUCAUCGCUUCUAUUGAAAAACAGCAGAAGAAAGGACACGAAGAUCCUCAACAGAACAAAAGUCGUUUGUUCUUCAUCUUCUGUAAUGGAUCCGUAUAAGACUCUUAAGAUCCGACCCGAUUCGUCUGAAUACGAGGUCAAGAAAGCUUUCAGACAACUCGCCAAGAAGUAUCAUCCUGAUGUUUGCAGAGGAAGCAAUUGUGGUGUACAGUUUCAGACAAUCAACGAAGCUUACGAUAUUGUGUUGAAGCAAAUAAAGAAUCAGAUGGACGGGACGACGGAGGAAUUUGAGCCGUUCGAUGUAUAUGACGAAGGAUUGAACGGAAUGAAUGAUCCAGACUGCGACACGUGGGAGGAAUGGAUGGGUUGGGAGGGAGCAGGGACCCGUGACUACUCCUCUCAUGUUAAUCCUUACGCUUGAUCAUUCUCGACAAAACAAAACCAAAGAUUCCCCCACUAAUUUCGUAAUCAUCCAAUUGUGAAAAUGUUAUGUAUAUAAAUAACAACAAUCAGAGAAGAGAGAGAGACUUGGAGAAAGCACAAUGUAAAUUAGGUGAAAUUUGUCUCCUCCAAUGAUUGCUUUAAGAAAAAUGUGAAUAAAGUAAUUUCUCCUUCGUUGUAAAAAAAAUCUCUAAACAUUCAUAAUUGAAAGUGUUUCUAGCU